AGCAGAAUGGAUCUCUUCAUUUACACAACUUUCUGCGGAUUUUUAGCGUCUACAGGGCUGGGCUUUCAAAUCCAGUGUUACCAGUGUGAAGAAUUCCGCUUGAACGAUGAUUGUUCAUCUCCGGAGUUUAUAGCAAACUGUACAGUCAACGUGCAGGACAUGUGCCUGAAAGAAGUGAUUGUCAAAAGCGACGGUGUUAUGUAUCGGAAGUCUUGUGCUGCGUCUACAUCUUGCCUCAUUACAUCUGCAGGCUAUCAGUCAUUUUGUUCCCCAGGAAAACUGGGAUCCGUGUGCAUCAGCUGUUGUAACACUCCACUCUGUAAUGGACCCCGCCCCAGAAGGAGAGGAAGCUCAGCAAUGUCAUCAAGAGCAAGCCUAAAACUCUUAGCUGCUGUUGGAAUACUCACAUCACUUCUUCCAACAUAA